AUGCUUCAGAACCUGCGAGCGAGCUCUGAGGCUCGACGAGAGCUCGACUGCUUCUUGGAUCGGAAUGACGUCGAUCUAGAGCCUCGGACCCCAUAUUCUGGUCAUGCACUGUCGAUCUAUAGGGCUGUGGCUGGCCCUGAUCGUCUGUUGUGUGUUGUGCAUUUGCGGUGUUGGAGCGAAAAGGAAGCUCAAGGAGCAGGAUAUCAUCCAGCGUAUUUUGAACAACUACGAUUGGAGAGUCAGACCUCGGGGUCUUAA